AUGGGAUCGAUAAGAUUGUAUUCGGGCGACGAUGGCCAAUCCCACAUUGAAGAGAUUGACCCGGCCGACCAUCCGGCGUGGAACCAGUUACAGAACGCCAAAGGGAUCAUAUUCAGGGCUUCACCGCCAGGGUAUUUCAGCGACUGGCACAUUGCCCCCCGAAGGCAGUACAUCAUCACACUCUCUGGCGAGGCGGAAAUUGGGCUUGCCGACGGCACUGUCCACCGCCUGGGUCCCGGUGACGUCAACCUUGCCGAAGAUCUGACGGGCCAUGGCCACACCACUCGCGUGGUCGGUGAUGUUCCCAGGGUAACCGCCACCAUUCACCUGGACGCCUAGUCUCAGCCCGGUCGCCGAUUACGGUUACCGCCGCUCGGGGUACAUAGGGUUGGGGGAUCACGGCGAUCCCGCUACCCUACGCACCCUACUAGCCAGCGCACGGUCGGUUUGAGCAGGGCCCAACAAGCCGGCGUCGAUACUGGUGAGACCGCCAACUGUCCACGCUGCCGAGAGAUGUACCUGGCUCGACGCCGGGGAUGACAACCCCCGGCGUCCAGUCAAGCCGA